AAUCGGGGAAAAAAAGAAAACUGUUUAUGGCUGAUUUAAGAAGUUUUCUAUAAAACUUUAGGGAAAAAUAUGAAAAGAUUAUAAUAAGGUUUGACACGAUGAGAAAGGUUUUCGAAGUUGAACUUGGCUUUCUUGUUUCGUUUUUGUUUCAUCACCACACAAGUUUCUUUUGCUUCCAGACAAAACAUCAAGUGGGGUUAAUAGGCACAAACUCAAAACUCUAUAAUGUGAUCUCUGUACGUUGAUUUCACUAACAUGAAGUGACUCUUCUUUUGGUGCUUGAUAAGUUGAUUUCUCAUAAAACAUUCAUCAAUCUGCACAACAUAUAAGACAAGGAAAAGGCAAUCCACAACUCUACAAAAACAAAGAAUGGUGGUUACAAUGUGUACAUAUGUAGAAAAAGGUUUUUUAUGCAUAAGAAGCCUUGCCCGAGUUCACAAUCUUACGUCAAUGAUUCUUCUCCUCUACUCACUCUUGCUAAUUCUAAUACCAAAUGCUCCAACUCUCGACUCUUGUACCUGCAAAAUAUAUUCAGAGUUAAAAGACAACUUUUUUUUUUAAUACUACUUGAAACUAUCUUGAACCCAAAUCUAAACUAAUUUACUAUUGAGUCUUUUGACAUAUUGUUUCCAACACAAGAUGUAAACAAUACCAUUGGACAAAGCUUGGAUACUUUCAAUCAAAUAUCUGUUUCGGUUAGGUUUCUCAGUUAAAAUUUGUGGUUUAAUUAAUAAAUUUAUUUGAAGAAUUGGCUCAUAACUUCAUUCAGAAUAUAUAAUUGAGAAAUUCAUAAAUAAUUGAGUCUCAAUAGAUACUUGAUGUGUGCUUCUAGUAAACGCCUAUAGAUAAACUGCAUGGGCUUAUAACUUCAUUCACCACCUUUUCUAUUCGCUCGCUCUCUUAUUACUUCUUUCAUCCUCCCUCGAAUCUUCUUACGAGAAAACCGCCACGCAGCAAAGAAAGACGAUGGAGAAGGAGAAGAAGAUGAUCGUGUUGAAGAGCUCCGACGAUGAAUCCUUUGAAGUCGAUGAAGCGGUCGUACUCCAAUCUCAGCUCUUGUCUCAUGUUGUUGAAGAUUGCAACGGUCCUGAACACAAGAUUGAGAAUGUCACAGGCAAGAUCCUCGCCAAGGUAAUCGAAUACUGCGAGAACCACGUCGCCGCCGUCGUCGACGGUGGUGCCAAUUCUUCUUCCUCCUCCUCCUCCGGUGAUGCUAUCAAGAAGUGGGACGAUAAGUUCAUCAUGCAAAUGGAUCUGUCCACGGUCUAUGACCUCAUCACGGCUGCGAACUACCUAAACAUCAAAGGACUUCUUGAUCUCACUUGCCAGGGAGUCACUGACGUGAUCGCGAAAUGCAAAGACCACGAGGAGAUUCGCGCAACGUUGGGCAUCGUGAGUGACUAUACAGCAGAGGAGGAAGCAGAGGUUCUCAAGGAGAACGAGUGGGCUUUUGAUUGAUGAAUGAGUGAGAGGGUUAAUCUAAACCCUAGCUACUCUUUCUUUUCGAAUCUUUGUGUUGGUAUGUGUUUACGGAUCUUUAGAUCGAUAAUAGUUGAACAUGGCUUUCUUGUUUCGAUUUUGUGGAAAUGAACAGUGUUCUUGAUCGAUAUUAGAUGAACAGAAGUAUUAUGAAGCAAGUUGUUGUUGGUCGUAUGAGUUUAUGCUUUCUGAAUUGGGUUUCAAAGUCUCAGACUAUAAUAGAAUCUUUACAUCGAUAACCAUGAGAACAAGAGAGUUGUGUUCACUAAACAUGACUCGUCUUUGGCGUGCAGAACAAGAAAAGGCAAUUCUUGAUUCUUAAAUAAGAUUAAGAAAACAGAGGAUAUGAUGAUAAAACUGCAUAUAUAUCUAGAAGAAGUUUUUGUAUAUGUGAAGCUUGUGUUUUAUGAAAUUUUCUGUCAAUGAUCUUUCUCUACUAGUUCUGACUCCCCGCCAUUGCUCUCUGGUACCAGGGUUUCUGUUUGACAAUAUAGUUACGUCACACUCACGCAUCCUCUUUCGGUGAUUAGUAUAGAUUAAGAGCAUCUCCAAUGUAUUAUUCUAUUUUCUAUUCCAAAAUGGAGUUAAGUUUUACUCUAAAGUAUUACUUCAUUUUCUACUUCAAAAUAGAAUAUUCCUAAUAUAUUAUAUUUUAUAUUUAUUUAAAAAUUAGUAAUAUCACCUUUUAUUUAUACUAUUUGUAAAACAGUCCAUUUUCAGAUUGUAAAAAUUAUAUUAAAUACAAUAUUAAUCACAAUUAAAUUUUUAUUAUAUAAAUAAAAUUACUCGAAAAUGUUUAAAAAGAAAACAUUUAUUACAUAAAAUUACAUUACAUAGCUUAAACACAAUAAUACAUCAACUUAAAUUAUUCAUUAGAAUUAGUAUAAUUUUUCCACAAAUGAUCAACUAAUGCAUUUCGAAGUACAAAAUGAACUUCUUUAUCUUUGAUUUUUAUAUAUAUGAUCUGUUGUGUUUUAUAUUAUAUAUAUAUAUAUAUAUUUUGUUGCAUAAAAUAGUUCAUUAGAUGGCUAUAUAUAUAAUUAAUAAAUAUAACCCGUUUGCCUUGAUAUUUUUUUUUUGUUUCAAGGAGGGAUUAGCAAAAUGUCAUCAUCUUCAUCCGAUGAACUCGAAGAAAGAUUGAAUGAAGCUUUCGACGAUAUAUUCGAAGAUAUAUACAACAACAUAGUGGAGGCCCAAACCAAAAAGCAAAGGAAACGUGCUUACAUAGAACGAAACCGUGAAGAAGGACACAACCGUUUAUGGAAUGACUACUUCAGCGAAGAUCCGAUAUUUCCGGCACAUUUAUUUAGACGCCGUUUCCGCGUGAACAAGGAAUUAUUCAUGUGUAUAGUCCAUCGCCUCUCAGAGGACGUUCCAUUCUUUCGACAAAGAAGAGAUGCAACCGGGAGGUAUGGUCUAUCUCCACUGCAAAAAUGUACGGCUGCAAUUUGUCUGCUUGCUUAUGGUUCUGCGGCUGACACGGUUGACGAGUAUCUCCGACUUGGUGAAAGCACGGCAAUUUCGUGUUUAGAAAAUUUCACUGAAGGAAUAAUACAGUUAUUUGGAGAUGAGUAUCUACGAAGACCCACACCAGAGGAUCUUCAACGACUACUCGAUAUUGGAGAGAAACGCGGGUUUCCUGGGAUGGUAGGAAUCAUUGAUUGUAUGCAUUGGAGUGGAAAAAUUGCCCAACCGCUUGGAAAUGACAGUACACACGUGGAUCGGAAAAACCGACAAUUGUCUUAGAGGUUGUAGCGUCACACGAUCUUUGGAUAUGUCACGAUUUUUUUGGUGCUCCAGGUACCUUAAACGAUAUUAAUGUCAUCGACCAGUCUCCUAUUUUUUAUGACAUUUUACAAGGUCGAGCUCCCAGGUUAGAGUACGUGGUCAACGGACAAAUGUAUAAUUUGGUGUACUACCUCACAGACGGUAUAUAUCCAAAAUGGUCAACAUUUAUUCAAUCUAUCUCACUUCCUCAAGGUCGUAAAGCAGAGUUAUUUGCUAAAGUUUAAGAAGCAACCCGAAAAGAUGUGGAGCGCGCUUUUGGAGUAUUGCAAGCUCGAUUUGCGAUUGUGAAAAACCCGUCGCUUUCAUGGGACAAGGAAAAGAUAGGGAAGAUUAUGAGAACCUGUAUCAUACUACACAAUAUGAUAGUAAAAAAUGAACGAGAUGGAUACACUCAGUACGAUAUAUCUGAAUUUGAAGAAGGCGACGUAACUAGAAGUUCGCGGGUGAAUAUGUCCUAUAAUACCGACAUGCCUACAAAUCUCGGUAAUAUGCUUGGCAUUCGGAAUCAUGUUCGCGAUAGGCGUAUACAUAAACAAUUGAAAAAUGAUUUAAUUAAAAAUAUUUGGAACAAAUUUGGUGAUGAAAAUUAAUUAUUAUUAUAUCUUUAUAUUUAAUCAUGCAAUUAAUAAAUUUUUUUAAUUUCACAUGUUUAAAAAUUAAAUCUUUUUUUUUUCCUAAGAAUUCCUAAAUGGAGUACACUAUUGAACACACAUUUUUGAUAAGAGUUGUUAACUAUUUAAACAAAAAAAUUAAAAAAAAAAUUACUUUAAUAUUGCUAAGAACACCAUUGGAGAUGGUCUAACAACUAGUUUCGUUGACUUGUCUUUCCGGACCUUCCGGUCCUAUUUCUAUUUCUAUUUCUUCAUGUGAUUAUCAUAUACUUACCACUCAUUUGGAAACAAACAUCUACUAGAAGAAAUGUUCUUAUAGAUGAUGAACAUAAAGCUCACGAAGAACACAAAAAUUUAACUUAAUUUAAUAUAUACCAAUACUAAUUAUCAAAUGGUUUACAGAUUUUCUGUUCAGCAAGCUCUAGAGAUUGUAGGUUUUUCUCUCUAAACAUGUUUUUAACUCUCUUCCGACUCAACAAACACAAUAACAAGAUUCCUUUUCAUGAGCCCACCUGUGACCACGGCAAAAAGAAGAAAAACAAUGUCAGAGAGGUUACAAACGAAGAUCAUCAUCAUCCUUAGGAAGCUUUUUUGAUUAUUCUCCAGCUGCUUGAGGUUGUCCACGUGUUGCAA